AUGUCAGUCAGCAUGCAUGAAAAUCGCAAAUCUCGGGCCAGCACUGGCUCAAUAAAUAUAUAUUUGUUCCACAAAUCCUCAUAUGCUGACAGUGUCCUCACACACCUGAAUCUUUUGCGCCAGCAGCGACUUUUUACCGAUGUCCUCCUUCAUGCAGGAAACAGGACUUUUCCUUGCCAUCGAGCUGUCUUGGCUGCAUGUAGCCGCUACUUUGAAGCCAUGUUUAGUGGUGGUCUCAAAGAGAGCCAGUCCAGUGAAGUCAACUUUGACAAUUCUAUCCACCCAGAAGUCUUAGAACUGCUGCUCGAUUAUGCAUAUUCGUCCCGAGUUAUUAUCAAUGAAGAGAAUGCAGAGUCCCUCCUGGAAGCUGGAGACAUGCUAGAGUUCCAGGACAUCCGAGACGCGUGUGCAGAGUUCCUUGAAAAGAACCUCCACCCCACCAACUGUCUUGGCAUGCUCCUGCUGUCCGACGCACACCAGUGCACCAAACUCUAUGAACUCUCUUGGAGGAUGUGCCUCAGCAACUUCCAAACCAUCAGUAAAAACGAAGAUUUCCUUCAGCUGCCCCAGGACAUGGUGGUACAGCUCCUGUCCAGUGAAGAAUUAGAGACGGAAGAUGAAAGGCUGGUGUACGAGUCUGCUAUUAACUGGAUUAGCUACGACCUGAGCAAGCGCCACUGCUACCUUCCGGAGCUCUUGCAGACCGUGAGACUGGCCCUCUUGCCGGCCAUAUAUCUCAUGGAAAACGUAGCCAUGGAAGAACUGAUCACCAAGCAGAGGAAAAGCAAAGAGAUCGUGGAAGAGGCAAUCAGAUGCAAAUUGAAAAUCUUGCAGAACGAUGGCGUCGUCACCAGCCUCUGUGCCCGGCCUCGCAAAACCGGCCAUGCCCUUUUCCUCCUGGGAGGACAGACCUUCAUGUGUGACAAGCUGUACCUCGUGGACCAAAAAGCAAAAGAGAUCAUUCCCAAGGCAGACAUUCCGAGCCCAAGAAAAGAGUUCAGCGCCUGUGCGAUCGGGUGCAAGGUGUACAUCACUGGCGGGCGAGGAUCAGAGAACGGGGUCUCCAAAGAUGUUUGGGUCUACGACACCCUCCACGAGGAGUGGUCCAAAGCUGCCCCUAUGCUGGUGGCCAGAUUCGGCCAUGGCUCUGCUGAACUCAAACACUGUCUGUACGUCGUAGGUGGACAUACAGCAGCAACUGGUUGCCUGCCCGCUUCCCCGUCCGUGUCACUGAAACAAGUCGAACAGUACGAUCCGGUGACUAACAAAUGGACCAUGGUCGCCCCUCUCCGAGAAGGCGUGAGCAACGCGGCAGUAGUGAGUGCCAAGCUCAAGUUAUUUGCUUUUGGAGGCACCAGCGUCAGCCACGAUAAGCUCCCCAAAGUUCAGUGCUAUGAUCAGUGCGAGAACAGGUGGACGGUACCGGCCACUUGCCCGCAGCCCUGGCGAUACACCGCAGCAGCUGUGCUGGGCAACCAGAUUUUUAUCAUGGGUGGAGACACGGAAUUCUCUGCAUGCUCAGCCUACAAAUUCAACAGUGAGACGUAUCAGUGGACCAAGGUGGGAGAUGUGACCGCCAAGAGAAUGAGCUGCCAUGCAGUAGCAUCCGGAAACAAACUUUAUGUAGUGGGUGGCUACUUUGGUAUUCAAAGAUGCAAAACCUUAGACUGCUACGAUCCCACCUUAGAUGUCUGGAACAGCAUCACCACAGUCCCCUACUCUCUCAUUCCGACGGCAUUCGUCAGUACUUGGAAGCAUCUUCCCUCUUAAUUCUGAUGCAUUCCUGGAAGAUGAUCAUCAGUUUAUUCCGUCACUUGGUGAAACCAACUGUGGGACCUUUGACUUUGGAGAAGCUGAAUUGAAUGAAGAAGAAAAAAAGUUGUUCUGGACUCGAAAAAAUUACACUGCACCUUGUAAAUGAUCUAUCCUGGUCAUGAAGGAAAG